AUGUCAGAGGCAGGCACUCGAACCGUUGUUCCUACCUCCCCAUUGAUGUGGGCAUUGGAGGAGGUGAUGCUCUGCAGCUCACCCUCCUUCCCUCCUUCCCUCCUUCCCUACCUCCCUCAUCUCGCCAUCGCCUAUGACAUAUUUGAGGAGCACAUGUCGCCUUUACACAUAACCUGCCAUCCCACCACAGACACUCCAUCCUCAUGCAGCGAGUGA